GCUGCGUUCUUUUACAGCAGCGGAGGGAAUUAGGGUUUUCGGCAAUACAACAAUGGAGCAAUCACAGAAUCAAGCUCUCGAACAAGUCCAGUGCUUCGGCCGCAAGAAGACUGCUGUGGCCGUGACCUACUGCAAGCGUGGCCGUGGGCUCAUCAAGAUCAAUGGAUGCCCAAUUGAGUUGGUGCAGCCGGAGAUCCUCCGAUUCAAGGCAUUCGAGCCGAUCCUUCUCCUGGGGAAGCACCGAUUUGCCGGCGUGGACAUGAGAAUCCGUGUCAAAGGAGGCGGUCACACCUCGCAGAUAUACGCAAUCAGACAGAGUAUUGCCAAAGCCCUCGUCGCAUUUUACCAGAAGUAUGUCGACGAGCAGAGCAAGAAGGAGAUCAAAGACAUCCUUGUUAGGUACGACAGAACCUUGCUGGUUGCCGAUCCCAGGCGCUGCGAGCCCAAGAAGUUCGGUGGUCGUGGUGCCCGCGCAAGGUUCCAGAAGUCCUACCGUUGAAUGCUUCGCUUCAGUGGAAAAGGUCUCUUUGUGGAUUUAUAUUUCAAUUUUCGGUUCAUGUUUCAUGCUGUGGAAGACUUUUGAUGUCGACUAGUAGUUCUAUAAUUUUGGGCGUUUUACUUUAUGGAUUGUUGAGAUGCUUUUAUUUAUAUCGAGCGUGUCAUUUAGGUUGCAAUAUGAGUAUCAAUGGCUCUAUUUAAUUUUGCUCAGUGGGAUAGCAAUGUUUAUGAAAUGAAAUAUGUUUUAGAUGUUUAAAAUUUACUAUAAAUUUCUUUGUUUUGUUGGA